AUGCAGUCCGUUGCUGGCAUGGAUGGCUUGGUCAUGCGCUGGACAGGUGGCUGGGUACGAGACAAGCUACUUGGGGUGCCGUCGGUUGACAUAGACGUGGCACUCAGCACUAUGACGGGCAUGCAGUUUGGCGAGGCUCUCCAAGCGUAUAUGGCUGAGCAUGGCAAGCAGUAUGAGGAAGAAGCCGAGGCGCAGGGCUUCAAGGCCGACCUGAAAGGCUUGCAUAAGAUUGCUGCAAAUCCGGACAAGUCAAAACACCUGGAGACCAUUACUACCAAGAUGUUUGGUAUUGACGUCGACUUUGUCAAUCUUCGCAAAGAGGUCUAUGCUGACGACAGCCGGAAUCCGCAGAUGGAGUUCGGCACUGCUGAGGAGGAUGCCAUGCGACGAGACGCGACAGUCAAUGCACUGUUCUUCAACCUCGACACUCAGGACGUCGAGGAUUUCACCCAUCAGGCUUCGAUGACAUGGAGCAGAAAAUCAUUCGAACACCUCUGGCUCCCUAUCAAACAUUCAAAGACGAUCCGCUACGUGUACUGCGCCUAA